AUGGCGGGAGUUGGCAGAGGUGAUGGGCAAGGGCCCGCUGUAGGGAAACUGGAGUCUCAAAUCUAUUGCAUCAAGUACACUCUAUUCUGCUUCAACGUCGUACUAUGGUUAUUUGGUGUGUCUGUAUUUGCUCUUUGUCUGUGGAUUUGUAUUGAGCCUGGUUUCAAUGAAUGGAUGAGAAUUUUGGAACUUCAGAAGUACUUCAUUGGAAUUUAUAUCAUACUUAUUGGCUCAUUAGGAAUCAUGGUUGUUGCAUUCCUUGGUUGCGGAUCGGCCCUAAUGGAGAAUGUUGUACUUUUAUACGGGUUCAUAGCUACACAAAUAGCAGUGUUCGUGUUUGGUCUGAUCGGUGCUUGUGUCGUCUUGGAUUUCUCUACAUACGACUCAAGUAUACAACCACUUAUUAAAGAUGUGAUCAUGAGGCUUAUGAACAAUCCACAACACGAAGGUAGUCGGGAGAUUCUUAGAAUGGUUCAAGAAGGGAUCGGUUGCUGUGGCGCAGACGGCCCAAUGGAUUUCAUAAACUUGAACAAACCUUUGCCGGCUGAGUGUCGUGACUCGGUCACUGGGAAUGCGUAUUUCCACGGUUGCGUGGACGAGUUAACCUGGUACUUAGAAAGCAAAACCGGAUGGUUGGCCGGCAUAGUUCUUGCUUCAUGCAUGAUCUGCGUUGUGAAUGCUGUCAUGUCGAUGGUUCUGAUACAAGCGGUAAAGAAGGAAGAAGACGAAGCAAUUGUGUACAAAAAU